UCUACGUCCUUCUUAUUCUUAUUCAUGCGUACUAACUUCAGACCACUACAAACACAGCAAAUCCCAAAUUUGGGUUCCUUCUAAUAUUGCGCAAUCAAAACCUCAAAUUUCGUUUUAUUCUUUGUGAUCAUUCUCUCUCGCAAAUCGCAAUUAGUCUCGUAAUCAUAUACAUCUCCAGGAGGGUUUAGUCUUUUUUUUUUUUUUUUUUAAGGCGUGGGCUUUGAUUUCUAUUUACUUUGGUCAAAUGGGUUACAGAGCAUUGGUUUGUGUUGUUGCAGCUCUGUUUCUGAUCUUAUUCACGAUUGUUCCAUAUUCUACAGCUUUGAUUUCGUCUCCUGAGUCUAAUCCUCCUUACCCUAAAGCUAUCUCGGAUUUGAAAGAAUCAAUUGUAAAAGGAUUCGGAUUUCAAUCGGAGGAAGUGAAGAUUUCUGGUUUUGAUGUAAGGGAUGCAUUGGUAGGUCAUGCUGUUUCAUACGAGUUUGAUCUUGAAAUCGACAACAAAGUUCUUCCCUUUAGGCUUCUUGAAGAUGUUAACCGAUGGGAAUACGUGGAUCUCCCUAUUUUCCAAACCAUUGAUUCCACGGAUGAGAAUGGUUUAGUUCCUAUGAAGAACAAGGAGUCUGGUGAUGUCUUACCUGUUUUAGCUCCGUUUCAACUUGCUGGUCCCAUGGAACUUUGGAUCCAAGAUGCUAACAAUAUGCGCCUUUCUUUGCCUUAUGAUGUGGAUGCUGGUGUUUUGAAGAAAGUUAUAUUAGCAGAUGGUGCUGUUGUAACUGUGAAAGGAGCUAGAUCUGUUAGUUUGCGUCAUCCGAUUGAUUUGCCGCUUCCCUUGAAUCAAAGCUCCAAUGAGUUUGCAUCUGGAAUUUUGUCUUUAGCUGAACAGCUUCGACGUGCUUCAAGUGAUCAGGAAACUCCACUUCUUUCUCUGCGCAUUGUUGGUCCUAAUUCUCUUGCAUCAACUUCACAAUCUCCUGACAACAAACUCAAACUUAAGCGUCUUGCUCCAGGACUUGUGGAACUAUCUUCCAUGUCUAAAGGCAGAAGCAGUCUCUCCACAGUUGACGAAGCCAUGACUACUGUUCUUACCCCAAGAGAGUUUACAACCAUGUGGCCAAUUACCUCCAUCAAUGGCUCCAACGCUAACUUACUCGGAUUUGAGAAGCUAUUGACCUCUGUUUUGGGUCCUAAAGCUCAGGAAAAAGGUUCCUUUAAGGUGUUGAAAGCGGAUGUCGGAGCUCAAACGUAUAUGAAGAUUGGUUUUGGUGUAGAAAAGAAGCUCAAGGAAGCAGAUCUUGAAGGUUUAAGGUAUCCAGAGUGGCGAACAAAGCCUGAGACAAUGAGAAUGCAUUUUGAGGUUCUUGCUAAAGUUGAUGGAGAGAAAGUUAUCCCAGAGAACAUAAUGCGAGUUGAUCCGAUACCAAUGGAGGAUACAGUUGCACAAAAUGUGAUUGCAGGAAAUGUAACUAUGUCGAUACCAAUGGAGGAUACGUUUCAGCCUCCUCCAAGCCCUUUCACCUUGUAAAUCAUGUGGACAUAAUAUAUAGUUCAUAUAUUAUGAAAAAAAUUCAAGCUUUUGGCCUUUGUCUUUCUUGUACAUUACUACUCACCAUAUCGCACAAGAAGUGUAUGCUAUAAACUUCCCCCUUGUAAUUAUUCCUUUUUGAUAAAUUCAGUACAUACAUACUGUAAUUGGCGACU